CGCCACGUCUGUGCGCCCGGCGGGGCGGCCAUGGCCUUCACCCUGUACUCGCUGCUGCAGGCCGCUCUGCUCUGCGUCAACGCCAUCGCCGUGCUGCACGAGGAACGCUUUCUCAAGAACAUUGGCUGGGGAACAGACCAGGGGAUUGGAGGGUUUGGAGAGGAGCCAGGAAUUAAGUCGCAGUUAAUGAACCUCAUUCGAUCUGUCCGAACAGUUAUGAGAGUACCACUGAUAAUAGUAAACUCAAUAGUAAUUGUGUUGCUUUUACUAUUCGGGUGAAGAUCAAUGGAAAAAGCUCAUGGAAUCCGAAGUAGAGAAGACAGCAAGGAGCCAUUCCUCUAAGUUACUGGGCUACCUGGCUUAGCUGGCAUAUUUUGCACUUGACCUAAAACAUAAAGCUGACAAUAAAAGUCUUUUCUAGUUAUCUGAUUUCUUAAUGUUCACUAUUAAGUUUGGUUAGAGAAGAGAAGAUCAAUGCAGUAGUGCUGGGCAUAUUCAGUACUGGAACAAGUUUGUUUACUAAUUGUUAUAACUCAUUCAAUUGUAAUGAUUGUUCAGCAGGCACAAUAUGCAUGUUCAAUUUUUUAAUUUGUUUUCCUUCUUAGGGAUACAUUACCUUUAGACCUCAGCCAGGUUUCUGCUGAUGUGUGUGAAAGAGGAUUUUUUUUCAUAUUAUGAUAAGACUUAGAAAAUUUAAACAUUCUGCCUACUGAGUGAUGUCACCUAAAUUUUGAUUUUUCCUGUUAAUAAAAUUUGAAGUUAGGCGGUUAGGGGUUAAUUAAUUUUCUGACCCUUUGAAGAUAACUAGAGAUUUUGAAAAUGUUGACGAAACAAUGUAAAAUCCAAGUGAAUAGGCAUGUGUUAUGAGUGAGAGUUAUAAUUAGGCAAAUUAUAUGAUAGCUAAAAUUGUUUGUCUCAUUUUUCUUAAAAUAUUUACUACUUUUUGGGGUUAUAGUUUACCUAUAUGGUGAAACCCGACCUUUGCAUGUGUGUUCACACACCAGUAGAGAUUCUGCACCCUUUUUACAACCAUGACUCAUUCAGCAAAUCAAAAUGAACUUUCUGUUCGGGAGCUUAUCAUAGAGCUUGGAAUUGAUACAAUCAUCAGUUCAACAGUUGAAAUCCCUGCACGCAAAGGUUGCAUUUUCUGUGAAUCAAGUUCUCUUGAAAAUCCAACUAAUGCUACCUCUCCAUUUUUCAUGGAAAAAGAGAGUGUGAAUGAGGAAAUUGCUGUUGGAUAAACUUUUAAAAAAAAUCUGUAGCAUCAUCAUGUACCAUUCUGUGAGGUCGCUGAAUCCAUACGUGGGGGGUUUCCCAGGAGAUUGUCAGUAUUUUAAAGAAGUGUAAUUUCUUCAUUUUUAGAAAGCAUUUGUAAAUAAAAUUGAAUUUCUAAAGUUAA